AUAUGGCCGCGAGCUCGCGGCUGCAUGUGGAUUGUGGCAUGACUUUUCCGUGAUAAUCAGUUUGGCCGCGGCUUCGCAGAAGGUAUGACCAUGUUGAAGUUUCCGCUGAACGUGAUUAAGAUUUUGCUGCUCACUGGCUACGCGGCAGCUCUCAAUAAAUCGCUGUUGACGAACCAGAAGCUUCACCAUGCUCCGAAAUACUUCAAUGAUGAGAAUUUGCUCAGACUCGCCGACAUGUCGGACGUCGAUCACAUCAACGAAAUAUUGGAUAAUAUAUGCAUAAAGAGAGUCGUCUCAACUCGGGGCCAUCAGAGAGUGAAAAACUACAUAAUAAAAUCCAUGGAAAAUCUCGGAUGGUCAGUGGAAACGGACAAGUUCUUAGACAAGACGCCGAAUUUCGGAAAAUUGGAAUUUGAAAAUGUAAUAUCAAGACUGAACCCCAAUGCCAGCAGGUACUUGGCACUCGCUUGCCAUUUUGAUUCAAAGUACACGAGAGAGGGGGACUUUGUUGGGGCUACGGACAGCGCUGUGCCGUGUGCGCAGAUGAUCAAUUUGGCUAGUGUGAUGAAGUCGUACUUGGAUGAUAUAAAAAGGCAAGACAUCAGUCUGAUGUUUAUAUUUUUUGACGGCGAAGAGGCUUUCAAAUCGUGGGGACCCACUGACUCCAUUUACGGUGCUAGACAUCUGGCUAAAAAAUGGCAGAAGACACUGUACCCCCCUGGCAAUACCGAGGGAAUGACGGAACUCGAUAGAAUUGACGUUUUAGUACUUCUGGACUUAAUAGGCGCCCCAGACCCGACGUUUUACAACUAUUUUGAGAACACAGAAAAAUGGUAUGGGAUGCUGAUUAAUGCGGAGAGAAAAUUGGCAGCCAUGCGAAGACUGGAAAAAUAUUCGUACGAAAAUCCUGAGCAGACAUAUUUCCAGCCGUACUCAGUUCGGGCCAAUAUCGAAGAUGAUCAUAUUCCAUUUUUAAAAAGAGGUGUGCCGGUACUCCAUUUAAUUCCGUCGCCUUUCCCCUCUUUCUGGCACCAAUCGGGGGACAACAGAGGUAACAUAGAUAUGGCUGCGACAGAAAACAUCAAUAAGAUCCUGAGGAUAUUUGUCGCGUCGUACCUUGGGAUGGAUGUUUAAUACUGCGGUAUCGAAUGGCACCAGUACUCGAAAUCAUUCAACUGCUCAAUGUGUAGUCAAUUAGGUACAUGAGAA